AUGUCAAAAAAACAUAUACUACCUGCUUACACUGAUGGACCUACAACUUUUGAAAAAGAUACCAAAAAUAAACCUCCACCAUUUGAAGAGCCUAUUGAUAAAAUACCAAUAUAUUUCAAAGAUGUUUCACCGAGAGGUUGGACCAUUGUUAUAAAUAAUAGAUUCUGGACUGAUGGAUUUAGAUUAUUUGUUAGUAAAGAUGCAAGUGAAAAAUUUGAUGCUUUUAAAAAACAAAGUACAAGUCCACAUAUUAUAGACUUACAAAGACAAGGUAUUGGAAUUCCUUUGCUUAAAGCUAUUGUUCCUUUAAACCCUGCAACUACAAAAUUUUUGACAUUUAGAAGAUAUUAUCCUAAUCUUGAUGGUCCGUUUGAUGUCGAUAAAAAUUAUUAUGAUUUUUGUGUUGUUAGAAAGCAUUACCAUAUAGGUUACAAUUCAUAUGUUUUCAAUUUCGUGCCAGAUCGAAAUGAUGCUAGUAAAAAUUUUUCAGUUACCUUAUUCUCACAUUCAACAUAUCCAAUUCAUGAUUAUUUAUACAAUGGUCAAAAACAUAGAUGGGUGGAUGAAUCAUACAUUCAUUAUUUUGCAAAGUUAUUUCAGGUCAAGUUUGGAUUUAAACAUACAAUCUUACUACCUAAUCAGCCAUCAUUAUGUGACAAUUUUGAUGGUAAAAGUGACAAGUUGACCAAAUCUAAAGAUAAUCCAUUUUUAUCAUCUUAUUUUAAACUGAAGUUCAACUUUAAAACAAGAGUUCCAAAACCUGAAUAUUAUGGGCCAAUUUGUUCAGCAAUAGUAGGGGAAGCAGAACAAUAUUUUAAAUUGGGAUAUGCGGAAAUCAAGAUUGAUGAUAUGCGUAAUUUUGAUCCAAGUGUUGAUUACAAUAGUAUUUUAUCAGUUGAUGAAGAUGUUUUGGUCAUGAUAUGUAUAGCUACAGUUCUUAAAAGACAAAAAGAUAUAAUUGAGGAUGCAAAGAAAAGGAACGGUGGCGGUUAG